AUGGCAUCUGGAACUGAUGAGAAAGCCAAGAUGGAGAGUUUGACAUCGCCUGCAGCCUUUGUAGAGGGUGGGGUCCAGGAUGCAUGUGAUGAUGCAUGUAGCAUUUGUCUUGAGGCUUUCUGUGAGAGUGAUCCUUCCACAUUGACAGGUUGCAAACAUGAGUUCCAUCUCCAAUGCAUUCUUGAAUGGUGUCAAAGAAGUUCUCAGUGCCCUAUGUGCUGGCAGCCUGUCAGUAUGAAGGAUCCUACCAGUCAAGAGCUUCUGGAGGCAGUAGAGCGGGAGAGGAAUAUAAGAACCAAUCAAACUCGAAAUACGACUAUAUUUCAUCAUUCUGCUCUUGGUGAUUUCGAAGUGCAGCAUUUACCUGUUGUUGCUAAUGAUGCUGAAAUUGAAGAGCGUAUACUGCAACACCUAGCUGCUGCUGCAGCAAUGGGAAGGUCACACCAACAUGGUAGAAGAGAGGGGCAGAGGAACCGAUCUGGCUCUCAUGGCAGCCCACAGUUCUUGGUUUUCUCUGCACAUCCAAAUACUCCUGCUGGCUCUGUUUCAUCAUCUUCUGCUCAGGGUGAAGGUGCUGACGACUUGAGGAUUCUUGUUCCCAGAGUUGGUGACUUACCACCACAUGCUAAUCCCAUUGAAGAAGCAGGCAACCAAAGUCCGGGGGUCCUUACCUACGAUGCUGAACAAGAUGCUGUUGUUUCAUCUGGAAAUAGUACCCCCGUAUCCAGUCCUAGGUUUUUCAACAGGAGACAUUCCUCUGGACAAUCAACUCCAGUAGGUAAUGACAGGGCUGGGCCAUCAGAUGUUCAGUCUUUCUCAGAUUCUCUAAAGUUGCGCUUAAAUGCUGUCUCCUCGAAGUACAAAGAAUCUAUUACAAAAAGUACUCGAGGGUGGAAGGAGAGGCUUUUUUCACGUAACUCAUCUGUGUCUGAUCUUGGUUCUGAAGUGAGACGCGAAGUUAAUAAUGGAAUUGCAUCUGUAUCGAGGAUGAUGGAGCGUUUGGAAACUAGAGGAAGUGGUAGACCAAGCUAUAGCCCAACAACAUCUACUUCUGAAGUUUGUCUCACUACAGAACCAAGCAAUGAGAGGGUUACUGAAAGUAACUCUAAUACUACUACGAGUACUAGCAACACUUCUACCCCUUGUGUGACCAUGUCUGGUUCAAAUUAG